UUUCUAUUUUGUUUCUGCGCAGGUCCAUAAUAUGUCGUUCCUGAGUCAGCCGGAUGCAGACGAUGAACAGUAUGUAUUAACCUGCAGCUUGGACAACGUCCGCAACCUCUCCAAUAUCCUGAAAGCCAUUCACUUCAAGGACCAUGCUGCCUGCUUUGCUACCAGCAAUGGACUCAAGGUCACCGUUGAAAAUUCAAAGUGUCUUCAAGCAAAUGCUUUUAUUCAGGCUGGGAUCUUUCAAGAAUUCAACGUAAGUGAGGAGUCUGUAGUGUUUCGGAUAAAUCUCACUGUCCUCUUGGACUGUUUGACCAUUUUUGGUGCCAGCUCUGGUCCAGCUAUUUCAACUGCCUUGAAGAUGUGCUACAAGGGGUACGGCUACCCGCUCACCCUAUUUCUAGAAGAAGGAGGAGUGGUGACAGUAUGUAAAAUCCAGACCCAGGAGCCCGAGGAGACGCUGGAUUUCGACUUCUCCAGCACUAAUGUCGUCAAUAAAAUCAUUCUGCAGUCAGAAGGGCUGAGAGAAGCGUUUUCCGAACUGGACAUGACCAGCGACUUUCUACAAAUCACUAUGUCACCAGACAAGCCGUACUUUAGAUUGUCUACGUUUGGGAGCGCAGGCAGCGCUCAUCUCGACUAUCCCAAAGAUUCAGAUCUGAUAGAGGCUUUCCAGUGCAGUCAGACUCAGACAAACAGGUAUAAAAUCUCGCUGAUAAAGCCAUCUACAAAGGCUCUCGCUUUAUCCUGUAAAGUAUCCAUCCGAACAGACAACAGAGGCUUUCUAUCCCUUCAGUACAUGAUCAGGAAUGAAGACGGACAGAUUUGCUUUGUAGAAUAUUACUGCUGCCCAGAUGAAGACAUGGAUGGAGCGGAAUCCUAGGCUCUAGUCAGACAUCUCAUUUUCAGUUCUUCGUGUCCCCUCUGUGAUUGGGGGGCACUUCUCUCCCUCCUGUGGAAUGGACCCAGUUGCAGCUCAGAGGGUCUCGUGGGCACGCCAGGCUCACCUGAUGCCAGUAGAGACGGGUUCCAACAGCCAAAUUGCAGAUUUCAACUAAGGCGCCUCUGAUCCAUUUCUGAUUAUUGAAGAGUAUUUUUCAAUGUGAUUCUAUUCCUCACGCCGGAAAAGGGAUUAACCCUUUUAUAAGCAUCUUAUAUUCCUGAUAUUCAGGGAAACUGUUCCUAAAUGACUUUAAUAAGGUUGAAAAAGUGCCUGACCUUUUUGAACUCUGUUAUAAAU